AUGCUCGUUGUUCUUGCUGUCACAGCAUCUGCGUCUCGGGGCACGGGGGUGGCAAUGGGCAGGGAGCUGAAGCAGGUCACACCACUGCCAACUGUGGCCGCACUACCAACGCUUCCUGCUGCGGGAGGACUGCCACCAGCAGCCACAAUUCCCACACUCCCUGCCGGCACCAGCACUGACCCAUUCAUGUCGGCACUUUCUAGGAUGGUGUCAUUCCUGCAGGGCGACGCUGCAAGCCUGCAGAGCGCCAUCAAUGGAGCAGCUGAGGGAGUGAACAACACUGUCUCCUCCAUUCCUCUGGUGCAGACAUUCGAGACCCAGCUGGCCACUGCGCUGCAGGAGCUGCAGACAGUCAUCUCCGGCAUCGUGUCCCAGGGCGCCGCUCUGGGUGGCACUGCACAGACCAACCUGGACUCCUUCCUGACUGACCUCACCAGCCGCGACCCCAUCACUGCCAUCCUGCAAAAUGCCAUGGGCGCCCUCCCCCCAACCACUGCUGGCCGCUAA